UUGAAGGCGGUAAUAUUAGUGGGUCACGAGCUCGUUGACAGGCAUUUAGUGACGUAUCAGUCAAUUAAAUAACUUCAUAUGGCUAGCUGCUAAAUUUAGCCAAAGACAGUACAGUAUGAAGAUGGGCAGUAACUGCUUCUCCAAUAGAGAUACCCGAUCACGCUAGUAGGCCAUGUCAUGGCGACGUUGGCUAGCUAAGCUCAUGCACAGAAACACGUCUUCGGCUCGAACGUUCGUCUCACGCCGAAAUGCGCAUGUACAGGCCGUCAACUCAAAGGCACUCCUUCGAUAUCAAGUACUUUUUGAUAAAAAUGAAAACGUGUCAGUUUGUGAAUUUCACGAGGUUGGAGUAAUAACGUGUUCAAUUACUUAAGAGAUUGGCUCAAAUCUAGGUUGUGUCUAGAUAUCUAGAAAAGUAACAACUAAGGAAUAGUUUUUCACUUCUCUCAUUGACUUCUUAAAACCCGGUCUGAUCUGCUUGCUCUGUUUCGCAAGCGUUCCCAGAAGUCUCGCGAUGUUGCACCUCUGGGUUUAGAAACUGGCUUAGCAUUGUGUGGAAUUUAUUCCUCCGGACUAAACAUUGAGUUUAUUAAAACUUUGUCAUGGUUUCUACAUUUUACAACGAAAAGUUGAACUACAACAAAAGUAAGUUUGAACAAGUUGACAAUUCGGCUAUUAAAGUACUAGCUAACUACACCGAAAGUAAAAGCUACCGGCUACGACGACAGCAGGAUAUUUAUUCUCUACUUGCGCUGACGCUAGCUAACGUGCUAGCCAGUUCAGUUGACUAACGUUAGCCAUUCGAAGCGUAGGAGGACUAGUAUGCGGGAGGACGACGUUGCUAGUCAACGUUAGUAGCCAUGGCCAUUGUUGUCUUGUGCUAGUUGUCGUUACAUUACCUAGCCAGCUGCUUGUUUGAUGUUAUGUUGAAAAUAUAUGGAUGGCUAGCUUUGGGAACAUCAACAGCAGACAACAUUGAGACCUCUGGAAAUCAGCUGACAGCUGCAGGCAGCCAAGGAGACCAGUGAUGGAUCAACUGAAAGUCAUGGACCGAAUAUUGGAAAACAUUAAUUUGUCUGUCAAGAAGUUGCAGAGCUACUUUGCUGCCUGUGAGGAUGAAACUCCAGCCAUCCAGAAUCACGACCGGGUCCUACAGCGACUGUGCGAGCACCUUGACCAUGCUCUUCUCUAUGGGCUGCAGGAUAUCUCCUCAGGUUACUGGGUACUGGUCCUACACUUCACCCGCAGGGAAGCGGUCCGGCAGGUCGACGAGCUCCAGCACAUAGCAACCAACCUUGGGCGAAGUCGUGCCUGGCUAUACCUAGCACUAAGUGAGAGCUCCUUAGAAAGCUACCUCCGUCUCUUCCAAGAGAACCAAGGAUUGCUGCAGAAGUAUUACUUAAAAAAUGCAUUGGUUUGCAGCCAUGAUCACCUCACACUCUUCCUCACGUUGAUUUCGGGACUGGAGUUCAUUCGCUUUGAUCUGGAGUUGGAUGUCCCCUACUUGGAUGUGGCACCCUACAUGCCGGAGUACUACAAGCCCCAGAAUCUGCUGGACUUUGAGGAGUGCCUCCCCAGCUCGGACAGCCUUUCUCUGCACUCCUUCACCUCCCUCACCUCUACCAACCUGGAGUGGGACGACAGCGCCAUCGCCCCUUCCAGCGAAGAUUAUGAUUUCGGUGACAUCUUCCCCGUGUUGCAGCCAACUGCAGACUGGGAAGAGGGUGAUCUCACCGACCCGGUCAUCUGUCCUCGCUCCAGCGCCUCAGACUCUCAGACGGUCUUCAACGACUCUGUGAUUCUCCGGGCGGCCGCUGCCGUCAUCCCAGUGAGGGGAACGCCCCUGCCCCGCUGCCCCACCUUCAGACUCAACCCCUUCAACGAGGACUCGGACACCAACACCUCGGCCGACAUCACGCCCGUCCACACGGCCAGCCGCCACCACCACGACACCACCACCACCGUGGAUGACACGGAGAGCACCAGCAACGAGCUGGAGGUUAUCAGGAUGGCCAGACGAAGGAAGCCAGCCAAGAAGCGCCGUGUUGUGAAGGGCUCCAGUGACUCCACGGUGUGCGGUGAACAGAACACAGUGGCCUCCGAGCAAGCGGAGGUAGACGACGGAACCCAGGCUGGGUGUGAGGGAGAGGGGCUGGAUGGAGACUCCUGGAGCCCCUCUGUGGGGCCGCCGCAGGGCUCAGGGGCCGAGACGGUGAAGAGAAGGAGCAGGAGAGGGACGGGUGAGAAGGAAGGCCAGGAGGAGGAGGAGUCAGAGGGUCUCCUGCGGCUGCCGGAGAUGACGGACACCUCCAUGGACAGUGUGGGCCAGCCCCUACAUGACGUUAUGGACCUGCUCAACGGAGCUCUGGACGGGGGGGGGGCCUGGUGGCAACCAGACAAAGAGGAAGAAGAGGGGGAGAAGACCCGUCAGAGAUCCCUCCCAAGAAGGUCCUCCUCCGCCAGUCCUGAGGCCAACUCCUAUCCCCCGGGGCAGAAGCCUUUUCGAGGGGAUUCGAUUGUUGAGCCGCCUGAUCCGGAAGCCGGGCCCCCCCCCCUGCUGCGCCCUGCUCUGGCCUCGAGCCCAAACUUCCUGCAGGCCCCUCCGGCCCCUGCAGACUUUUACUGCUUUAUCCCCAACAGUCCAGAUGCUGGUACCACUCGUGGUGGCCACCAUGACGCUGCAGGGCAUGGCCAGCCGCAGGCUCUUCCUGGUGGCCAUGAAGAUGAGGGAGAGGCAGAGGCACCACCAGGACAGGACCCCUUCUUAGAGGAGGAAGAGGAGGCAGUGGUGGUCGAGAAUGGAUUGGCUGCUGGAGAAACUGAAAAGGAGGCGGAAGAGGACAGGCUCAGUCCAAAAGAAAACUGCCAUUCUGCAGAAUUCAAGGUGGACAACAAUCACCUGCUACUGCUCAUGAUCCACGUCUUCAGAGAGACUGAGGAGCAGCUCUUCAAGAUGGUGAGGAUGAGCACGGGUCACAUGGAGGGGGACCUGCAGCCUCUCUACCUGCUGCUGACUGACUGUUACAUCUACCUGCUGAGGAAAGGUGCUGCGGAAAAACCCUAUACAGUAGAGGAUGCCAUCUUUUACAAUGAGUUGGACUAUGUAUCUGUGGGCGUGGACCAGCAGACGAUCAUGCUGGUCUGCACCAACAGACGACGCCAGUUUCUCCUGGACACAGCCGACUCCUCGUUGACUAUCUGGUUCCUGGCAGCCCUGAAGUCAGCCAUGAUAAAGGGGUGCAGGGAGCCUCCUUACCCCUCAGUGCUGACCGACGCCACCAUGGAGAAACUAGCCCUCACUAAGUUUGUCUCCCAGGAGUCUCAUUGUAAGGUGUCUGAAGUGGUCAUCCGCAUGUAUUCUUUGGUCCACUGGGAGGACCCCAUGGAUGUGACUCUGGCCCCCCAGACAGCCUUGGUGGGUGCUGGGGACUCCUCCAGCACAAAAGAGGGCCCCCUACUCUACAGAGCAGGCACCACCUACCUGGGCAAGGAGCUGUGGAAGAGCUGUUACCUCGUACUGAGCAAUGGGAAUCUGUACCAGUAUACAGAAAAGACUGAUGCGACACCACUGAUGUCCAUCACUAUGGGGGGUGAGCACUGCGGAGGUUGCCGGCGCUCCAACAGUACAGAGCUGCCUCAUGCCUUCCAGGUGAUCCUGACAGAGAGGCCUCCUCUGGAGCUGAGCGCAGACAAUGAGGCAGACAUGGCCGACUGGAUGCUGGUGCUUUGCCAGUCAGUCUCCAAAGGGGUGAGGGUGAUCCCCCAGGGAGUGGCGCCUACGCCGUGUAUCCCCUGUUGCCUGGUGGUGACGGACAGGGAGCUGCUGACAUGCCACCAGGACUGCCAGACCAGCUUCUUCCGCUCGCUGGGCGGAGCUGAGCUCUCUGACGUCAGUGCUGUCAGCCUGGAGAACGACAAGGAGUACUGUGUUGUUGAGUUUGCAUUGGACCGUGCUCAGUUCCUGCCUCCCUGGGUGCUGUACUUCAGUGGCUGUGAAGAGAGAGACCGCCUGCUGGAGGCGCUAGAGAGUGCCUGGAGAGACAUUUUCCAGGUGUGUCUGCCUCGUAGGAGGGUAUCAGAGCUGUCGGUGCAGAAGCGUUGUGGCGAUGCCCUGGCUCUGAUGAGGAGCGCCUGGCAGAGGAGUGACAGCCUUGCCCGGGGACGCGCCCAGAGAGAGCCCUGGUGCUGACGGACAAACAGACAGCAGAGCGACAGACAGGUGGACGGACAUAUAGGACAAAAGGCUUUCACUAGCACUCUUCUUCCUACUCUAAAGACUGGUCAUUCAAAUUUUGUCAAUUCUGGAAGUGGAUAGAAAAUGAACAAUUAUUUUCAAUGAGGAUUGAUUUCAAUCGUUGAAUUGAAUUUGAUUGGGAGACAGAGUUUUAAUGGCAUUCACACCAAACUUGUUACAUAUAAUUAUGACAAUAGCCAAAUAGAUAGAGGGAAACACUCAGUUUUGUGUACAUUAUGAAGAGUGUAAGUUAAGUAUACGAGGGGACGCGUCAUCACGGGAUGUUGCGAGACGAACAUCAGUUUGAAUCUCAGUUCACACUCCUGGCCUUCACAAAUAUGUAUGUAUGUUCUGCUUGUCUUUUCUCUUGUCGUUGAGACGGAUGUUAGGGUAGUGGUCCUCUGUAGCUCAGCUGGUAGAGCACGGCGCUUGUAACGCCAAGGUAGUGGGUUCGAUCCCCGGGACCA